AAUUAAAUUGUGCCGUCAAUCGGACCGAACCAGUCGUCAUGGCUGGGUUAGCAAAUUAGGGUUUAUUUACAUUACUGCCGAGGGCACCGCCGCUGCGCUGCCCUCCGCGAUCUCCUCUUUUCCGGCGACCUAGUCGCCAGUCCUCCUCCUCCUUCUCCGAACCAGCGGGAGGCCCUUCCCCUUUCUUCCUUCUUCCUUCCGCCCUCUACGCCAACCUCAGUCAUCGAAGCCAACCGGCCGUAUUUCCUCGUCCCAGUUCCGACUACUACCUCCGCCGCCUUGGCCCUGAUGGCAUCGACGUCCGACUGUGUCACGCCGGUUGCUUCCGAUCGGAAGAGACGCGCCCUCGAAGCUCUCGAAAAGAGGUUCGCCUUCGAGGCAGAGCGUCGCCAGGAGAGCGUAAAGUCGAAGCGAAUAAAGGAGUCGGAGAGUGUAGGCGGAGUUGAGCAGAGGAAGGAAGAGAAAAGGAAUGCGAAGCUUGCGCCGAGCUCAGAGGUUGACGGUGGAUCUGAGCGGAGAACACGAGGCAAGGCUUCUGCCUCUUCUUCAUCUAGAAAAGAUGUUCACCCUGUUUAUUCAGAGAUUUCUGGGAUUGUUGAUGCCAAUUUGCUACAACUUAAUGAUCUAAAGGCUCCGAAUGCAAGGGAUACUGUAAGCAAAAUUGUGAAUGAUAUUGUUGCAAAGGGUGAUGAGGCCAAUAAGUACACAAGGCAUGGAAAAAGCUUGAAAAUCGACAAUUUGAUCUAUCUUGAUCAAUUAAUCUCAAAGGAUGAUAGUUUGAAAGAUGCUCGCCUGAAGGCUUUAAUGAGCCACUCAAAACGGUCAAGGAACCACAUGUCCAAUAGACAACACAGGAAGUGUGGAUCAUUCAACCUACCAAGAGAGUUCCACAAAUUUGAUCUCUUCACACCAAUGCAUGAAAUGUGGAAAGGAUACAUUGUCGAGCUUAUGAAAGAAGUGGGGAAAAAGCAAUUGAAUGAGUGUCUUCUCAAUGCAGACUUGCAUGGUGCUUUCCUUUUGGUUGUCGAAUGUAAAACAAGUGCCUACAAAGGCGAAAGUGGUAUUAUGAUUCGAGAGACUUCUGAGACCUUUGGAAUAAUUACAAAAGAAAACCGGUUCCGAGUUGUUCCCAAAGUGGGUUCUGUCUUCAUUUUUCAAGCUGAUUGUUGGAAGAUCACAUUGCUCGGCGACAAGUUAUCAAAAAGGUCGACGAACAAGCUGAAACCCUAGCCAGCUAACAAGGUAUCUACUUUAUGGAAGUGAUGUUUUGCUACCCAGUUUUUUGUAUGCAGAUCACUCGACAAGUGCUAUGUAGCUGUAGAUAAAAUGCACCCGAUGUUUUGAAACCUUCAGCAAGAGAAAAUUUGUUAGUUUUGCAAUUUCCAGCAUAUUGUCAGUUCAGUGUUCCUACCUGAGAUGGGACCUCAGGUGAUAUGUGUCGCACUUUAUGCCUUUGCUGGUGUUUCUUCUGAUUUUCCUGUGAACGUGCUGGGAAAAUCGGAAGUGACAUGACCGUGUGUUCUUCAUUUCUGGGAAGCUUCUUUACUUUUCAGAGAAGUUUAACAAAUUUCUCAGUUCUUAGAACUCUGGUUACCUGUGCCGAUCCCACAGGGGAAAAAAGGAUGGAGGAUUUUUAUAUAUAUAUAAUUCAGGUGUUCAUGUUUUGUCAGAUAGAUAGUCUAUUCUUCUUGUCCAUCUAUCAGAUAAAUUAUAAAUCCGGAGUACAAUUUAUACCUAUUUAGAGCUAUUGGAAUUGGAAUUCUGAUCCUUCUAAUUGUUCUUAUAAGUGUUUUAUUA